UUGGGACAGAGGAAUAAUGGUUCACCUGGAUCUGCGGUCUCUCCACCUGACGGCCUGGUUUAUCCGUGGUUGAACCAAGCAGAAAGGGAAUGUUCUCGACAGGUACAGAUGGUGCUCCUUAGCAGUAGGAAGCCCUCUACUAGACGGUCGUACGCUGCCAAGUGGCGGCGCUUCUCGUCUUGGGCGUCCCGGAGAGGAGUACAACUGUCCUCUGCCCCUAUUCCAGCUAUUCUCGACUAUCUCUUUCAACUCCGUUCUUCUGGCCUGUCCUUUUCUUCUAUUAAAGUCCAUGUGGCAUCUCUCUUCGCCUUCCAUGUUGGUACAGCAGGAGCCUCUCUCUUUUCUAACCAGGUGGUUAAAAGGUUUCUUACUGGUUUGGAGAAAUUGUACCCCUCGGUGAGGGCUCCAUACCCUGACUGGAACCUCAACCUGGUCCUUCACAGGCUUAUGUCCCCUCCUUUUGAGCCUUUGGCUACAUGCUCACUGAAGCACCUUUCAUUGAAGGUUACUUUCAUAGUAGCCAUUACAUCUGCUAGAAGGGUAUCCGAGUUAAGGGCGCUGACUAUAGAGCCGCCCUACCUUGUUUUUUCACAUGAUAACGUAAGGCUACGGCCUCAUCCAACCUUCCUUCCGAAGGUGGUUUCUCCUUUUCACCUAUCUCAGGAGAUUUAUCUAGCGGUGUUCUUCUCUAAACCUCACGCAUCCCCUAAGGAGCGUGUUCUACACUCCCUGGAUGCCAAGCGAGCGCUGGCUUUUUAUAUUGACUGA